AUGGCACCUUCAGUAAAUGAAGUUUUAUCAGUUACAGUAUCUAAAAAAAUAAACCAACUUCAGAGAUAUCUGAUACAAAAUAGGCAUAUAAUCACAGCCUUUGAGUAUAAUGAGUGUCAGGCAGUUUAUAAAUAUUUUGUACUGUUAGAAGACAGGCCAUACCAAAAAGGAAUAUAUGUUGAUAAACAUGAGCGAGAUAAUGUGAUUGUAUAUCGAAAAAAGUUUUUAGAGAAAAUGAAAAGCUUAGAACAUCGAAUGGCAAGGUAUGAAGAAGAAGCAAUGGAAAAAAUUCCAUUAGUGCUUAAGGCUUUAAGUGAAUUUCUUUUAAAGGAAUGUGGUUGGUUGAAACUAAGUGAAAAAGAGAUAAGAAUACAUCCAAACAUUCCUACAGAGGCAUAUAAAGCAAUUUCCAUUUUUGAAGCAAAAUUUCCAAAUGCAAUGGCUAUGUUUGCUUUCAACAAUAGCACAAACCAUGGGACAUAUGCAGAAGAUGCCCUUAUUGCUGCUAGAAUGAACCUAAAACCUGGAGCCGAUAGACAGUUGAACAUUCAACAUAUGGUAUUUGAAAAAAACUAUGUAUUCGAGGAGGAUGAGGAUUAUGAUGAAACUAUGCGAGAAAAGCCAAAAGGCAUUAAAGUAGUAUUAAAAGAAAAGGGCUGUUAG